AUGCAGUGCAUGCUGCGGCAUAAAAAGUUAGUAAUGGUAUUCGAGACGGACUGUUCCGACGUGGUGAAGAUGGUGUCUAAACCAGAGGAGUGGCCGGCGUUUGCAAUACUUCUUGAUAAGGUCGACAAAUGCAAGAUGGGGUUCACCUCAUUUUCAAUUGUCCACAUACCCAGGAUGAACAACACGAAGGCAGACAAGCUAGCACGAAGUGCUCGAGCUCUACCUACUGAUGUGUACUAUGUAAACUCUGUAUCACCAGCUUGGAUCCCCGAGUUCUGUAGAUAG